CCACCGCCUCUCCCCUCUGCUCCUGCCCCAGAGCUGCUGGAGGAUCUGUCCGAGAGCCGGGAGUGCGUCAACUGCGGCUCCAUCCAGACCCCGCUGUGGAGGAGGGACGGCACCGGCAACUACCUGUGCAACGCCUGCGGGCUCUACACCAAAAUGAACGGCCUCAGCCGGCCCCUCAUCAAGCCCCAGAAGAGAGUGCCCUCAUCCCGGCGGCUGGGCUUGUCCUGUGCCAACUGCCACACCACGACCACCACCCUGUGGCGCCGGAAUGCGGAGGGUGAGCCCGUCUGCAAUGCCUGCGGCCUCUACAUGAAGCUCCAUGGGGUUCCCCGACCUCUUGCUAUGAAAAAAGAAGGAAUUCAGACCAGGAAGCGAAAACCUAAGAACAUAAAUAAGUCAAAGGCAUGCUCUGGUAACAGUACUACUGCGGUUCCUAUGACUCCAACAUCCACGUCUUCUACUAAUUCAGAUGACUGUAGCAAAACCGCUUCUCCCAGCACACAGACUGCAGCCUCUGGGGCGAGCUCGUCAGUGAUGUCUGGCCCAGGAGAGAGCACCAGUCCCGAAAGCAGCAACCUUAAGUAUUCAGGUCAAGACGGGCUGUACACAGGAGUCAGCCUGACCUCCACGGCCGAAGUGACGGCGUCCGUGAGACAGGAUCCCUGGUGUGCCCUGGCUCUGGCGUGACCCAGCACGAGGGAAGCUGGAUCCCGGCGCUGUGCGGGAGCCCCCAGACGUCUGCGCACAGUUUCUUCUGCGGAGUGGUCGUGGUGGGAGCGAGAGUGCUGGCAAAGACCGUUCCUCUGAAAUUGUUUCCGUGCCUUGGUGGCAGAGGUAUUUUUCAGCCUCCGAAAGGGGCACUGCCGAAGCAUCCAGUUCCUCAUCUAUGCAAGAAAAUGAUAAAGAAAGCAAAUGCCCACCAGGGGAUAGCUAACGCAGCCUUACACUCUCAAAAAA